UGGACAUCAGCCGUCUCGACGCGUCUUUGCGCUUGAUCGCAGUCGUAUUAAAACGGCUGGCAAAAUGCAUUAUAAUCGACAUCGUGUCCGCAGGAAAGGUUUUUGCUGGUGAUUCCCCCCCCCCCCCUCACUCUUGAUAGAUGACUUCUCGAAACGGGGACAAAAACUGGACGCUUGCACUUUUUAUUUAUUACUCUGCUCCAACAAUAAAAUUGUGAACGGAUAUAUGACUCGAACGUUUCCCCAGUCAUUGAGAUUAUUCGCUGUUCAGAUGAACAUUUAGUGACUGCUGCACCAGCUCACCUCGGAAGGAAAGAGGGGAGUGAUACUUGAACCUCAUGCCUCUACAAAGCCAUUCAUGAGGCAAGGCUUCCUCCACACCAACAGACCAGCAUGGAGAAAGGGGUCCGAACACGACACGAAACAGGAGCGGCAGAUGAGAAAGAUCCUCUUACUCAAGGGAAGACCCCAUUAGCGGGGAGUGCAGACUUGGGACAUGAAUGUUGCAAACGUAAUGGUCUGAUCAAUACCCACAACCUAAUGGUGGAGACUAAAGAAGGACUGGUGUCGGUCUAUUCUGCCCCACAGUACCAGGGCCAUGUGGUGUCCAAGGACAUAAAUGGGACACCGGAUGGUCGAGGACCCCCACAGUUGCUCAACCCUAGCGCCCUGCCCCAGGCUAUAGACCCUUACUACAGACCCAACCUCCUUCUGUACCCCGAGAGCGUGUUGAGAGCAUGGGGAGAUGGGGGGGACUGCUGCGAGACCACCUUCAUUGAUGAGAUGACCCCCGCCUCGUCCAGCUCCGCUGUCACUAAAGACGGCAUUCUGUUCACCGACAGCAAGCUGCUGGAUCUCUCUAUGGAAGACGCCAAGAUCCAGACACUCUCCUAUGAUGUAGAUGACGACGAUGAUGAAUUUCAAGAACUCGAGAGUGAGUACUCAAGUGACUCAGAGAGUGAAGACAAUUUCCUCCUGAUGCCUCCGAGGGACCACCUGGGCCUCAGUGUUUUCUCCAUGAUCUGCUGUUUCUGGCCCUUGGGCAUCGCAGCUUUCUACCUGUCUCACGAGACUAACAAAGCAGUGACUAAAGGAGACUUUCACCACGCCAGCUCCAGCUCCAGACGUGCGCUCUUCCUCGCCGUACUGUCCAUCACCAUCGGGACGGGCAUCUACGUGGGUGUGGCUGUGGCCCUUAUCGCAUACCUCUCCAAAAACAAUCACUUGUAGCCUUCCCAUGCCCAAAUCACUCUCACAGUCGGAUAAAGACUGGUUCACUUUGGGAUCAGCUUCUUUGGGAAACACCCGAUGGUCACGAUACGGGACUCACCAGCAAUGUGUUCCACUCCUGCACUUUUAAAAGUCGCGUUCCCAUUUCGUUGGGAAGAUCAUCGUUUGUGUAAAUUGCAUUUUCAUGUGAAUGUGCCGCCACCACAAUUGUUUUUGUUUUUUUUGCGCUCAGUGUUUGUGCAAGUGCAAAUCUAAUGCUACACACACACACGUUUUGGGCCAAAUUAAAGUCAAUAUGAAAUCAAAAUGGACCUGAUUUAUUUUCUUAAUGCUUGUUCUUAAUCAUGCUGAAUUCAUCAAAAUGUAUUUAUUUGCUCUGCCACUGCACAACUUUCUAUUUUUUGUCAUCAGAUAGGUGGCCUAUCCAGUAAGUUCCCAUUGGAUGAAAUCAAGGGCCGGUUGCACCAGCUGUGCGCAAGUUACAGCUUAGUCUAAUUUUGAUGCAAAGGUCCACUAAGUUACAACUUAUGGUGUGUGCACACCAAAAGCAAACUUUCUUAAGCGAAAAAUUUUGCUUUGCAUUUGGUGUGCAUACACCAUUAGGCAGUAGUAAAUAUUUUUGCAUUGCAACAACUUAAUGUAUAAACUAAAAAUGUACUAAAUAAGCCUCAGACAAGAAGUAACUGUUGGAAUAGAAUAGCAGAUUGAUUGAGUUGCAUCAAUAAGCUCAUGAUUUACCUUACAAACUACAAUUCUUUAGACAUACGAUGUAAGGGCGUUUAUUUUGGGGGGGAUUAUUUUAAUGAUUAUUUAACAAUAUUUUGCAGAGUGUGUAUUUUGUGCUGAUCGGUCGGAUUAUGCCUCUUAUGGAUAAAUAAAUAUUACACUAAAGCUUCCAGUAAGUCUU